AUGGAGGCUGCACCUGCAGGUCCUCUUCUCCAGCCAGAAGAAGAUGAGGCUAACAGGGAAGAGGAACACUACUGUGACAUGAUGUGUUGCAAAUUCAAGAAGGUCCCCUUGAAAGAGUAUCUGAAGAAGAUGAAACUGCCAACCAGUAUAGAUUCACAAACAGAUGUCUCUUAUGUCAUGUGGCUCUUGUUAGUCACUGUUGCUUAUAACUGGAACUGCUGGAUUAUUCCAAUGCGCCUAGCUUUUCCCUAUCAAACACCAAAAAAUAUGAGAUACUGGCUUAUAACUGACAUCAUCUGUGAUAUCAUAUACCUGAGUGACCUGCUGAUAGUCCAGCCUAGACUGGAAUUUUUAAGACAAGGAGACAAAAUAAUAGAACCAAAGGAGAUGAAAGAACACUACCGGACUUCUACAAAAUUUAAGAUGGAUCUUGUGUCAAUAAUACCAUUUGAUGCUCUUUACCUCAUUUUUGGAUUUAAUCCAGUAUUUAGAACAAAUAGGACACUAAAGUACAUCACCUUCUUUGAGUUUAAUGACCGCCUGGAGUCAAGAAUGGACAAUGCAUACAUCUACAGAGUCAUUCGAACCACUGGAUACCUUCUGUUCGUCCUACAUGUUAAUGCAUGCAUUUAUUCCUUGGCUUCAGACUACGAGGGAAUUGGUAGUACUAAAUGGGUAUAUGAUGGGAAAGGAAAUAGGUAUCUAAGAUGUUACUACUGGGCAGUUCGAACUUUAAUUACCAUUGGUGGCCUUCCAGAACCACAAAAUACAUUUGAGAUUAUCUUCCAACUCUUGAAUUUUUUCUCUGGGGUGUUUGUGUUCUCCAGCCUAAUUGGACAGAUGAGAGAUGUUAUUGGAUCAGCUACUGCCAAUAAGAACCACUUCCGUGCUUCCAUGGAUAAUGCAAUCACUUAUAUGAAUACGUAUUCUAUACCCAAAAUAAUACAGAACCGUGUUCGGAUUUGGUACAAAUAUACUUGGGACUCUCAAAGAAUAUUGGAUGAGUCAGAAUUCCUGGAACACCUGCCAACCAAGAUGCGACUGGCCAUUGCCAUCAAUGUGAACUUCAACAUCGUGAAUAACAUCGACUUGUUUAAAGGAUGUGAUACACAGAUGAUUUAUGACAUACUUCUGAAAUUGAAAUCCAGUGUGUAUUUACCUGGUGACUUUGUCUGCAAAAAGGGAGAGAUUGGCAGAGAGAUGUACAUCAUUAAACAAGGAGAAGUUCAAGUUCUUGGAGGCCCUGAUGACACUAAAGUUCUGGUUACUUUGAAAGCUGGAGCUGUCUUUGGAGAGAUCAGCCUUCUAGCAAAAGGUGGAGGAAAUCGCCGGACAGCUAAUGUGGUGGCUCACGGAUUUGCCAAUCUCUUUAUCCUUGACAAAAAAACUCUCAGUGGAAUCUUAGUGCACUACCCAGACUCUGAAAAGCUCCUCAUGCAGAAAGCCAAAUUACUUCUAAAACAGAAGGCUAAACCUUCAGAGGCCCCACCUCCAGUGAAAGGUUUUGCCCUGCUCUUCCCGCCCAAAGAAGAGACACCCAAAAUGCUUAAAGCUCUGUUGGGUGGCUCAGGUAAAGCAAGUCUCUCGAGACUACUCAGACUGAAGAAAGAACUAGCAGCACAGGAAAAGGAGAAAAAAAUUGAGGUAAAAGAACAAAAAAUCGAAGGAAUAGAAAACCAAGGAAAAGAACCAGCGGAAAAACCACUGAACAUGCCCAAAUGUAAUGUUAGAGAAGAGGAAGUAUCCAAGCCAAUAACAAAGGCAGUCCUAUCUAGAGAAAACCCUAAAUCAUCACUUAUCAUCACUAUGACCCCUUCCUCUAAUGCAGAAGAAGAAAUUCUUACAGUCGAAAUGAAAGAGAAGGCAAAAUAAUAAAAUGCUUGAUUUUAUACAA